AUGCUAGCGUCCAACCUCUUGGUCCGGCUGAGUCUCUUGGUAGUCCUGUGUCUGGGUGCAUUCUAUUAUCUUGUCACGGUCAUGGAUCAGCAGCAACAACAGAUAGCAGGCGGCCCAUCAGGAACUGCUGGCUCAAAUUGGCUGGCGGACAACGGCACUACCCCUAAUGCUAGGCCCAGACGGGCUACCAGUAUUAGAGGCAGUGCUAUACCAAUUAGGGACAUGCCCACAUCUACUAGCGCAAGAUCAGGAAUAGAUGCUAUUGUCAGCAACUGGGCUAAUGAAGUUUCCGGAAUAAUAACCGCCGAUUCAGGAACAUCUAGUUUGGUAUCAAUAGCGACCACAGGACACGAAUCUGAGGGUAUGGUUGACGCGCUUCCAUAUUCAUGGACAAUGACUACCACUCUUGCGUCGGAUAUUAUCUACGCCCUGAUUCGAUCCACUAAUGCGGCUAUGUUCCUCACCUGUGACUCAGAAAGACCUUGUUCGGCCCCAACUGCACCCACGAUUCCUCAGAUCACGUUAUUCAAACCUCACCAACAGCAUGACCAAGAACCUGGUGAGAAAAAGAAGGGUAUAGCCUCUAAUUUCGAGCACAGCCAACUCCAAGAACAUAAACGCGACAAGGGCUUUGGUGACAACAACAGCAAUCGUCAGGACAAUAAAGGAAAGAUGAAGGCACGAUUGGAAGAGGGAGAAGAGAACCAGAGUCUGAUCGUUCCCACGUUCGACCAUCAGGCUCUCAGGGGUUUCCAGUACAGGAUCCGAUCAUACCCUCAGAGCGAGAGCGCUGGCGAGUCAAGCAGGUCCAGCUCGCGUCGUCCCAGCGUCGCCUACCCUGCUACGCUACCUAUCGCACUAACUACGAGAGGGCUGUCGCCAUGGCAUCGAAAGGCGGUGCUUUCUGAAACGCGAAAGAGUAAAGCGCCCACAUGA